AAUGUAACAGAACACAAUUCGUGUCUUGACACCGACUAGCUUUACUAUAUAAACCAUUCGGCCCCCAUUUUUUUUGUGUGCAUCCAACAACAUACUUUGUUUUCCAGAAAAUUCAAUUACGGACUUACGGUGAUGGCGUUACGGAGUGUAAUUUCCCGGCGGUUGACGAAGAUGAGUUGGUGCGGGACGCGAUCGGUGUCGACGUGGUGGCGAAACGUUGAGCCGGCUCCCAAAGAUCCAAUACUCGGCGUCACUGAAGCAUUUUUGGCAGAUCCUAGUCCUGAUAAAGUCAAUGUUGGAGUUGGAGCUUACCGUGACGAUAACGGAAAGCCGGUAGUUCUGGAGUGUGUUAGGGAAGCUGAACGUAGAAUUGCUGGCAAUCUCAACAUGGAGUAUCUUCCAAUGGGGGGAAGUGUGGAUAUGAUUGAUAAAACACUGAAGCUUGCCUAUGGGGAGAAUUCUGACUUGAUUAAAGGUAAAAGGAUUGCAGCAGUUCAAGCGCUUUCCGGAACUGGUGCAUGCCGUGUUUUUGCAGAGUUCCAGAAACGGUUUUCUCCUGAUUCCCAAAUCUACAUUCCAGUCCCUACAUGGUCCAAUCAUCACAACAUUUGGAGAGAUGCACAUGUCCCACAAAGGACUUUCCAUUAUUAUCAUCCAGAAACCAAAGGGCUGGAUUUUGCUUCCCUGAUGGAUGAUGUAAAGAAUGCGCCCAGUGGAUCGUUCUUUCUGCUUCAUGCCUGUGCACAUAAUCCUACUGGAGUGGAUCCUACAGAGGAACAAUGGAAAGAGAUCUCAUACCAGUUCAAGGUCAAAGGACAUUUUGCUUUCUUCGACAUGGCAUAUCAAGGUUUUGCUAGCGGUGACCCAGAGAAAGAUGCAAAAUCUAUUCGAAUUUUUCUCGAGGAUGGCCAUCUAAUUGGAUGUUCCCAGUCAUAUGCAAAAAAUAUGGGCCUUUAUGGUCAGAGAGUUGGCUGUCUCAGUUUGGUGUGCGAGGAUGAAAAGCAAGCAGUGGCUGUGAAGAGUCAGCUGCAACAGAUUGGUAGGCCUAUGUACAGUAAUCCUCCUGUUCAUGGUGCACUACUUGUUUCUACUAUUCUUGGCGAACCAGACUUGAAGGAAUUGUGGCUCAAGGAAGUUAAGGGCAUGGCCGACCGCAUCAUUGGAAUGAGAACUUCUCUGCGAGAAAAUCUUGAAAAUUUGGGCUCACCAUUGUCAUGGGAGCACAUAACAAACCAGAUUGGCAUGUUUUGCUACAGUGGGAUGACACCUGAACAAGUUGACCGUCUGACUAAUGAUUUCCAUAUAUAUAUGACCCGUAAUGGUCGUAUAAGUAUGGCAGGUGUUACUACAGGCAAUGUUGGAUACCUGGCCAAUGCUAUCCAUGAGGUCACGAAACCAACAUAGAUUCUUGUAGCAAACAUUUUAGCCACAGAAAAUAAUAUAGCAGGCGGCCACAGCCAUUAAAGGUUACCUAUAUGGUGAGAUUUUUUUAUUUAUCUUUACUCUCUCCCCUCUCUCUCUCAGCUGAAGUGCUGAACUAGUCGAGGCUUAUGUGCCCAUCAAACUUUGAUGUAACUAAUAAAUUACAUGUUGUAGUUAGUGGGGAAAUCAUAGAUUUGUUAUCCAUCCUUUGAAUUGGUUGUAUGAGAUUGUCACUGGAGCUGUAUGGUGACACUAAGACAUUUAGUCCUGUGAUGCGCAUUCAACUGAUAGAUGUUAACAAAGUCACCAAUCAUAUUUUCAUUUUGUUUA